UCCCUCAUGACAAAAGAGAGUCUUUUUGAUUUGCAUGUCCUGAGAAAUUUUCUGGCAGAAGCACUUGUGUGGGAUAAUGAUGUAUCGGCUCACGCCCAGAAUGUUGCCAAGGCCAAAUAUGAAUUUUUAUUUGGCUUGGAAGAAAAGAAGCCUUCAGAAAUGGGUAGUGGCCGUGGAAGCAGCACUUUGCUUCCUCAUACCAUCAUCAAUGAAUUUCCAGAGUAUGGCACCGUGGAGCCAAGCAGACACGAGCCGACAGCUUCACCGGCACGCCACGCAGAGCCUGUGACACGCCGGCCAGAAAGACGGGACAGUCACCACCACGUCAGGCCCAUUCCUCAGUGUGCAGCUCCUGCAGAUAAUUCGAGACCUGAUGCUGGGGCAGCUCAGCUGCACGCCCCAGAAGAAGGUGUGCAGCCUGCGGGUAACCUGCCAGAGAUUAUGAAAAUCUCUCGACGGUUAGAAGCAGCAAAGGUGCAAGAGAGAGCAAAUACUUCUCUCGAUUCAGAGACGCAAAUGGAAAAAAAGAGUGUUACUGGCAGCCAAAAUGUGCAGGCAGCCAGAGAACCAGUUCCAGGAGGCCAAGAAAAACUCUCAGACGUGCCUCUUCCUUCUGAACGAACAGCUGAGGAAAAAAAGCAUUUGGUCGUGGAGGAAGGUCUGGCUGCAAUAUGGACUGGAGAAAAGCAGUCCGAGUCCUUGCAAGCCAUUAGUAAUAAGGCUGACGAGGUCCAUGCAGUGCAGGAACAAAGCUGUCACAGACCAUCUGUGACUAACCGGGAAGCAGCCAGGAGAGUGGAGGGGUGGGCAUGUCCUGAGGAGUUUUCGGGGUACAGUCAAGGUAAAAUGCAAAUGGGUCCUGAGAGGAGGCUCGCUAAAGAGGCAGCUGUGAGUAAACAUGUAGAAUUUCAAGGGGUGGAGAUUUUAUGGCUGCAGAAAGCUGAGGAGCAGAGAAGAAAGAAGCACUCACUGGUGGACUCUUCGUCUGUGGAGAGAAAGGCAUUCCCCAAAACAUCCAGCCACCCUGCAUCACCAAUGGUCUCUCCAGGCCUGCUCUCCUCUCCAGACAGCGCAUGGAGUGAGGUCUGUGAGGACCCAAGGCUGGGACCCGCUGCAUCUGGAGCCACUCCUCUAGCACCACCCAAUGAAAGUGAGAAGGAUGAAGUUUCCAUGAAGGACAGGAAGAACCGUGUGGAGGAGGAGGCGUCUGUGCUAGUGAGAGGCCAGGGCAGGAUGACGGAGGAGGGCGAAGCAGCCGCAGGAGGAUAUGAAGAUUUCCUUGGGCAGAGGCACUCCGACGUCUCCACUGAUCUGUACAGCUCACAGUUCGAAAACAUCCUAGACAACGCAUCUUUAUACUACAGCGCAGAGUCACUGGAGACCUUGUACUCGGAGCCCGACAGCUACUUCAGCUUUGAGAUGCCACUCACUCCCAUGAUCCAGCAGCGCAUGAAGGAGGGUGGACAGUUUUUAGAUCGGACAUCAGCCUUGGGGCAGCCAGAUGUCCCUGACAGGGAGGUGAAGGGAUGUGGUGAAGGCAUCGCCAAUGGCUUAAAGGAUACAAGCAAAACACUCUUCAGAGGAGAUGUCACAGAAGUCCCUCAUCUGGAAAGCGAUGUUGAGCUGCAGAAUGUGGUGUUAGACUCCAGUGCUGCCAUGGGGAGCAAUGAACUUCAGGAGAAAGAUGCCACUGGAGCCCUUGGCCAUGAUCUCAGCAAUGGCAGCAGCAGCAAUUUGGAAGCAGCCAGGCGCCUGGCUAAGCGCCUCUACCAUCUGGACAGAUUUAAACGCUCUGAUGUGGCAAAGCAUUUGGGUAAAAACAAUGAAUUCAGCAAGCUUGUGGCCGAAGAGUACCUUAAGUUCUUUGACUUCACAGGCAUGACGCUGGACUGCUCGCUCAGGAGUUUCUUUAAAGCCUUUUCACUUAUUGGAGAAACUCAGGAAAGAGAGAGAGUUUUAAUCCACUUCUCUAGCCGAUACUACCAGUGCAACCCAAACACCAUUUCUUCUCAAGAUGGAGUUCACUGUCUCACCUGUGCCAUGAUGCUGCUGAACACAGACCUGCAUGGCCAUAACAUUGGGAAAAAGAUGACCUGCCAAGAGUUCGUUGCUAACCUUCAAGGGAUGAACGAUGGCAAAGACUUCCCUAAAGGACUGUUGAAGGCCCUCUACAAUUCAAUCAAGAAUGAGAAGCUGGAAUGGGCAGUGGAUGAAGAAGAGAAAAAAAAGUCUCACUCCGAUGGUACAGAUGAAAAGGAUAAUGGGAGCCAGACAAAGGCUGUCAGUCGAAUUGGCAACUCAAAUAACCCAUUCCUGGACAUCCCUCAUGACCCCAAUGCUGCUGUGUAUAAAACUGGAUUUCUGGCUCGGAAAAUCCAUGCUGAUAUGGACGGAAAGAAAACUCCCCGGGGAAAGCGAGGCUGGAAAACCUUUUAUGCUGUGUUGAAGGGAACCGUCCUGUACUUGCAGAAGGAUGAAUAUAAGCCAGAAAAGGCUUUGUCGGAGGAGGAUCUGAAGAACGCGGUUAGUGUGCACCACGCGCUGGCAUCCAAGGCAACAGACUAUGAGAAGAAGCCCAAUGUCCUCAAGCUUAAAACAGCAGAUUGGAGGGUCCUGCUUUUCCAAGCCCAGAGCCAAGAAGAAAUGCAGACCUGGAUCAACAAGAUUAACUGUGUGGCUGCUGUCUUCUCUGCGCCGCCGUUCCCAGCGGCAAUUGGCUCCCAGAAGAAGUUCAGUCGCCCGCUCCUGCCAGCCACCACAACAAAGCUAUCUCAGGAUGAACAGCUGAAGUCCCAUGAAGCUAAGCUGAAGCAGAUCUCCACUGAGCUUGCUGAACAUCGCUCCUAUCCUCCUGACAAGAAGCUCAAAGGCAAGGAAGUAGAUGAUUACAAACUGAAGGACCACUACCUGGAGUUUGAGAAAAAUCGCUAUGAGAUUUAUGUCAGCCUCCUGAAAGAAGGAGUGAAGGAGCUGCUGAGUGGAGGAGAGAACGAUGCGCCAGGACUGAAGAAAUCCCACUCGAGUCCUUCUUUGAAUCAGGAGUCUCCAGUUAGUGCCAAGGUGAAACGCAACGUCUCGGAGAGGAAGGACUACAGGCCAGAAACACCCAGCAUUAAGCAGAAGGUCACUUAGGGUGGAAAUGACAGCGAGGGGAACAGCCAUGCAGCAAAGUACCGGUGGUCAAAAUUUUUUUCAUUUAAUAACCUGUCCUUCACAAAAAAUAAGUGCAUCUGCCUGAAUGGGGUGUUAGUGACAUUUUCUAUUGUAUAUUUUGCUGUUUCUGUGCAGAUUGUGGGAGAUGUCUUUGCUCCUGCUUUGCUUUGCUUUGUUAAUUUAUCAUUUAGCAAUUGAAGCAUCGGGACUUUUUUAUGUUGUUCUGUUUCUAAAGGAGCUGGGGGAGGGGUAGAGCGCUGUGACGUAUAUUCUGUCUCUUCCCCAUUUAUCUCCUCCCAUCGGCAUGUGGCUUUCAUCUCUCAAGUCACUUGUCACUUUAUUUACGUGGUGGGUGGGAAAAAUAACUGGACAAGUGCUGCAGUGCUGUGAAUGUAAGCUGUAGCUGCGGGAGAAGCUGUGCAGCUGCAGAAGCCUGGCUAGAGCCUGGGGUGCUGGGAACAUUGGUUUCCUGUCAGUGUGGGUCAUGGUACUGGUACUUAGCAGCAGGUGCUACAGUAUAUAGUCACUGUUGCUUAUUGUUACUGCAUUGACGGUGGACCCACAAGUGUGAAGGAAUGAAACCUGGAAACCUCUGGCAAUGCUGGGAUGAUGGCAUUGGAAUAAUUUGUUUGCUUCCUUCCAAGCGAAGUCUUCUCCUGAGUUUGCAGGCUGGAAAGCUGGAAAGUCUGGAAAGUAUCCAAACCCGUACUGUCUCUGCUGUCACGGAGAUUAGGGUUUACCCAGCUGGAAUGACUCUCUGGGUUUUACAUUUAUUUGCAGAGGAGGCUGCUGUAGAUGUCAGCCAUUAGCAUUAUAUAUUAAAAACAAAGGGCCUCUGUGUAGUUUUUAACUAUACGCUCUCACUUAGCUGCUAUAUAGAGCCUUAUGAUAUAUUGUGUCCUGUUGCUUCCCCUUCCAGGAGUUUCCUUGUUGGUGUGUACAGAGAGCUUCUUUCAGUUCCUCUGAUAGUGACAAAGCACUUUGUCUUUUUUCUUCAGGAAGGGAUUCUCCUCAGUUCUCCAUUUUCCUGCUUUAGCUCACAUAUAGGUGGAAGAGGCUGGUGCAGACCAGAGGAGGGGGCAGACAUGUCCUUGCUGCAGACUAGGGUUUGAUACUGUCCUGACUACUCUGUGCCUAGAGGCCAGCACAAGGCAGUCUCAGCUUUGUCAGAUUGUACCCUCCACCCACAGAGAACAAGCCCAGCUCACAGCUCCCGCAUACCCUGCUCCAGGCUUUCAGAGGAGAGCACAAGACAGGGAGACACCACCAUGGGUAGAGCUUUCCAUACCUGAAAGCCCACAGACCCUUGGAGUGGCCAGCAGUUUUCAGGCAUAGAGAGUAGAAAGAUGAUGUAGAAAUUAUUUUCCUUCUUCCCAGCCCCUCUUCCCUGGGCAGCAUCAUGGCUCUGCAGAGAGCAGUGGCUCUACUGUUACUUAACAUCCUGGGUUUUAAUCUCAGGUUUGAUACUGGCCGACAGGGUGAGCUUGGACAGGUCUCUCCUGUUUUGACUCACCCUUUCCCUAAGCGGAGUAGUACAACCAAACUGGCCUUUCCUGCAGACUACCUUGGUACAUAAUGUUGAGGACCAUUUGAAAAUUGUUUCUUGGUGUUCUUUUUGUUGUGCCUGGCACUGGACUGCCUUCCUGAUGGAUGCAAUUCUAAAUGCAUACAGAAAUGUCAAGAUCAAUGCAAGGACUGUUUAGAAAUGCGCUGGUGUUUCCAGCCCGAGUAGUCAAAGGGCCACGCAUCAAAAAAAAUUGCCACCUGAGCAGAUUUGUGUUCUGCCAGACUUCCCAAGGGUCCAGGUCAAUUAAUCUAGCUUAUUGAACUGCCAGUUCAGUGGGCAGAACUGGGAGCGAUCAAAGAGAAAAGGCCUUUAGCAGACAUCUGUAUUAGGGAGGGUUCGUAGCAUACUAAAAUCCGAAACCAUGACACCAUUGAUAGCUCAACAAAACCGAUAUUUUUACCAAGAGGUGGCCAACAAAACGAACAAACCCAAAAGAGAGGUAGGGAGAGAGAAACAAGCCCUCAGUACUACUUCCCCAGUCACCUAGCUGUUGCCCAUAAAGUUAUCUUACCGAGCUAGAGUGCCCACAAUCACCCAUAGCAGAAGCUGCAUCCCUGGAGAGUCAGCAAGUUCACAAAUUGGCAGGCGUCCCUGCCAAAAGGCAACGUUGUCCUUGAUGUGAAGCUUCCUACCUUCCAAGAAAGAGCUAUCUGCUUUUAUACAAUUAACUGAGUGACCUCAGCCUAGGCAGGUGUGGCCAGCACUGCCCAGCCAGAGGUCCUCAGUCCCACCCUCCGUUAUGCAAGUACUAUCUCUUCUGCACACACAUGGCCUGCGUGCUGCACCCGAGGGGGUCUUUUCCAAAUGAGUCUGGGGGUUUACUUCGUACCCAUAGUCUUCAGUCUCUCCUUCAAGUGACCUUGGAGGACGAUCAGCCAAUCAUAAAACAGCAAUUAAAUAUAGUUUAUACAAGAACUCUCUCCAAGGACGAAGUUUCCGUUUUAUUGGUGCUUGUUUUCUCAUAACUCGGCAGAGAAAGAACAAAACUUUUACAGGUGGCUGGGCCAAACACAGACCAAAAGUAUCAGCGUGAUUAGCCCCUGAUACAACACCGCAUGACUUGCCUUCCCCACUGAGUACCACCAUGCAACAGCUUUCCCAGUGUUGUGCUGACUCUUGGCUGUAACGAAGAUUUUGCGCUUUCAGGUGCUGGGAGGUUUGGGAGCAACUUGAUCCUUGCAGCUGUGGCCUGGCAGCAAAACCAGAUGGUACUGUUUUCAUAAGUGCUGUUGGGAUACACGUGCAUCUGGCAUCUGCCACUGGGAGCGGCCACUCCAUGAUGAAAGUCGUGAGGUUGGCCCUAACCUCGCCAGCGUUGCUAAAAACUGCAGAAGUUAUACAUUCUUACUAAGGUAGAGUUAACAUCCAGUCCUCCCGAGGAAGAGAGAGGCCUACUGCUGCUGGAGCCAAAGUGAUGUGGUGCAGCUUGUUGGGUAGGGAGACUCAGUGUAGGCAGAUACACGAUAGGGCUUAUCGGGAGGGAUUGUUUGCAUUAAUUAAGAGUGGUAGAUCAGCAGUUCAUGGAAGGGAAAGAAAAGCUAGAUGCCUGCAGCUGCUCAUCAUGCUCUGGAGGUUUAAAACAAAUGAGUGGAACAGACAGAAGAAGAAAUUCAUUUGGGGAAUGCCGAAUGCAUAUUGGAGAAGAAAACUUGACCCCUCUGUUGUGGGAUCUGGUCCUACUGCAGGCUCUGCAGAAAUUAGCUCUGUCCUGGCCAGAGCCAGGACACUCUUGCAUAACAACAUUAGGGCACAUGCAGGAGAAACAAAACCAAAAACAGUGCAGAUUUGUAAAUGGGCCCUGCUAGGCUGUGAGGGUGAGGUUCACUAGAGGGUCUUUUUGAAGGCAGGCUAGAACAUGCUUAGCAGACCGCUUGUUAUUAUGGAGUGCAGUGGUUUAAAUGGCAAAGAAGUGACUUUUGACUUCUUUUUCCUCUGGCUUUUAGCAUAUUCUGGUUGCUGUAGACUCCAGUUAAAUUGCUGAGCUCAAAAAGAAAUUACUCCUGUUUAAUGCAUUUUCCAGCUUUGACACGGAAACUGGAUAAUUCCUCUUCAAAGUCAUUGCAGAGAAGACGAUUUGAAGCAAUAGAAAAAGUCAAAAAGUGAACUGCAAAAAUGAUAAUUUUUUUUAUUAUUUAUUCUCUAUUUCCAUGUAUACUUGUUAAUGGAUUAGGGUAUAUUUUUAAGUCUCAUCUGGGCUUAUCAAAUGCAGUUUUUCACUGCAUUUUUUAGUCAUUUAACCUUUGUUGAGCUUGGAGCACUCUUGGUGAGGCUGCUGAGGCAUGCCCAUUAGUUUACCCAGAAUUUUUAGGUUCUGCUCAAGUUUUAAUUAAUGCCAUUUUGCUCUGUUAGUUUACACUUUUUAAGCAUCCCAGGCACCCAUGUAAAAAUGCGCCUUUUGGAGGCCAAGAGAAAAAUGCGAUCCUGUUGUGAAAGGCUCCUCUCCUCCCUUGGGAACAGGAUCAUCUACCAAGCAGUGCUGUAAUAUCUGGUGAUAUUAUAAAGUGGAGAUUCUCAGGAGGUUUCAGCAGUGCAUCUCCUUGGGUGGCAGCAUUGAGAGUCUGGCAGAGUGGUACCCUGCACCCUGCCCUUCUUUGCUGAAGUGUUUGCCUGUAGGAGAAAUCAGUGCUUGACCUCAGCACCUCAGGAGCUUUGGUUACGGUAGGUAAGGAUACUCUGCUGGUUUCCAACCCUCCUCUGGGACUCAGCAUGCACCAGAACUGCGUUUCAGUGAGCAGCCCUGCAGCUUCCUGGGGGUGCUCAGUGUAAGCAGGAGUUACUGGCAGCCGCCACGAGCAUGUGUGCAUGCAAGCAAGCCUUUGCAGUGAUGCAGGGAGGCGUCAUCCUUCCUUGUCAGCCUCCCUGCUGCAGUGUGCAGCCGUCACUCGGGCAAAGCCUCUGCCUGCAGGCUGAGAGGAGGGAUGCAAAGAGGGGAGCAGGAUGGGGCCAACAGCUCCUCACUUCCCCCCUCUUGUGGUGCAGACAGUGGUUGUGGAGGGACCCACCCUACUCUGAAGCACUGCUGUUGCUCACCCUCAAGGGGCUGAACCAACUUAUAUCCCCAGCUAAGGAAGGAGAGACAGGAGAGGGCCUCACUGAUCUGCACCCGACAGCAGAGAGGUGAGGGAGAAGCGGAAAAUUGCCUUCCCCUCUCCCCACUCAGCAACCAAAGAAGAUGAGGUACUCUCCUGAAGCCAAAACCACGCUCUCCUCCAUGAGUCAUCAGGACGCAGGGGUCUGGUUGAGGUGGUUUUCGUUCGUCAGUGGCUGCAAAAGAGGCUCUCUGGGCUGGCUGUGUGUUUGUGUGCAUCUUGCAGAUAAAUCACGCAUGGACCACUGAACAUGAGUACAGCUUCUAAAUCCAGUAUUUAUGUUGUGUCUUUAUUUGAUGUAGAGAGAUAAGUCAGCCAGCAGAGUGAUUAAUGCAGCGGAGCUAUGGGGGAAUGCCGUUCUGUUGCGACGCUGGCUCAGGCGGUUUUUCAUCUGUAGCCAGUCACUUGUAAAUGGUUACCAGAAGCUUUCUAAGGGUUAGUAAACAGCUGGUCGCUUUGAUGCUUUCCCUCCGAUCCCACGUGCUCCCAGUCUGUCCAUGUCAAGGGGCUCUCCUGGAGCGCAGUGCUCAACACAACCAUGGUUUGAGCCAGAGUUUGGCCUAGCAGCCCUCCAGAGACUGGAAUUUGCACAGCUCCAGUGCCUUGGAGUAACAAGGCUGGUUGCUCUUCUGACUUGAAACAGCCAAAAUUUUUGCCUUUCUCCAGUGGGGAAAUGAAGUUGAUUAGAGCAGGCCAUUCAGUGAGGAGGUGGUUCUGGCAGUGGAGAAGGCUAAAGGUGACACAGUUAUCACCUGGCUUCUUGAGGGCAUUGUGUGGCCACGUUCUCCUCUAAAGCGGUGAAGGCUUUUCUCUGCAGAUGGCAUACUGCUUACUGUGUCUGCAUUCGCCAUUCCUAAAUGAAUUUUGGUCUUAUUGCAGUUAGUCUGACAGCUCCUCCUACUUUUCUGUCAUGCUGCUCCUGUCUGUCAUCUUAGCACCUCAGCUGCUUCUGUAUAACAGGUCUGUUUCCUUCCAUGCUUGCAGAAAUCCAGAAAAUUUGGCUGUCCCAUCUUGCAUUGAGAAAACCUGCUCUGAAGCAGUGCUGUGUUGAGUGGAUAACCCCGUGAACAGCUUUUCACUCUGCUUGUCGGUAGCCUGUGUUUCCAGCCACAGUUAUAGCUGGGAGGUGUGAGACCGAGUUUUAGACUGCUGUGAUCCUCUAGUGUUAUGCUGCAGGGAUGUGAAGUACCCCCUCCCACACUCAGACCAAACACUUGCAACAUUCCGAGCCUUCUAGUAUCCAGGUUGUUGGAAACACUGUCUGCUUUUGCAGAGGCAAAGGCAGUAUACACAGCUUAUGUCAAGUAGUCUUUUGGCUUGAUGCUUGUUUAAAGUUUCCCCAGUAUUGCUCUCCCCAGGCUCUGGGACAUCACAUCUGCUCUGAGAGGGCAGUUAAUAAGUGCAUAUUUCUCACAAGAGCACAACCAUUGCUCCCCAGCAUGUGUUCCCAGCAUCCGAUAUCUAGGCUGCCUAGAGGGAUGAACUGUAGAAGCUUUUUCAAAAAGAGCUAGUCAGUAGCUUGUGCUUUUUAGAGGAUAUUUUUAGCGCAUACAGAAUCAGUAUGCCUGGCCUCUCCUCUCUCCCAGCAGGGUAGUAUGGGGAGCUGCUUCAUCUGGAGCUUCACGGUGGGGGCCUGAGCUCCGGGAAGCCAUCAGAGAAAUGGUACCACCUGAGCAGAGCAGCAGUGCACAGGACAGUGAUUCUGUAGGAGGGAAAUGAGCCAGUGCCACCCUCCACGGCUGGUCACCUGCUGGAGACUGUGUGCUUGAGCAUUGCCCUCAGUGCUGGGGGUGAUUAGAAACACUUGGCUCCCUUUUCCCUCUAGAUUGUGCUGCUUGAGGAACUGUCCCUACCACUUGCUGCUUUUUUCUCCCUUGUGACAGCAGCACCCUUAUCGAGGGGUGCCACAGUCCCUUUGUGAGGAGACUGGUUUACAUGAGAGCAAGAAGGACAGGUCCUUGGAAGAAGUGUCCCAGUGCCAUCUGGGAGUGUCUGCUCUGCUGAUGGCAACAUCCAGUUGAACAGUGUUAGGAGGUAGGUUCAGCCCUGCCUGAGACAAUGUCCCUUGCUCAUACCUUUUGUGAGCUGCACUGAGGUUAUAUUUUAGUUAAUUAUUAGAGCCCUUCCCUUACCAAAUGCAAGCAACAGCUUUCCCAGAGGCCACAUCAUUGACCUGACUUUGCUCCUGUGAUCAGAAGGAGCAAAUUUCGGCCAGCCCAAAGCAUUCUCUGUUCCCCCCCCCCCCUUUGAACACUUAAUUAUUCCAUAAAAAUUAUAAAUGUUUAAAGAAUGAGGGACCUCCCAUGGCAUCUGCUAUUAAGUCUGGGCCAGGAACAAGCUGCAGUACAGGCCAGAGGUUUAUUUGGACCAAUAAACAUACAUCACUUAGCAAUGCAAGGAUUGAAAGUGCUACAAACCAUGAGGGAAGGACUUUUCUCUGACUUAAACUAUUGUAAUUAGUAGCCACUCUGUAGCAGUGGUCCUGUCUGUAACUCACCUAAAGGAGAACAGCACAGCAAGAUACUUUUUGUUUAAGCAGGCAAGGUUUCAGGUCUUGCCUAGUGGAUAGCGUGGUGUAACCACAGAGCAGCCAGCCAAGCUGCCAUGGAGGAUUGUUUGACACGAAAUCCUCUGACUCCCUCCUUGCUGGGAGAAGGGAGAUCAGUGAUGUUGAGUCUGUGUCACCGCAUAGGGCAAACUCUACUGCUAACAUAAGUCUUAACUCACACUCUUCUGAAAACCUCAUGCUCAGUGCUAUCAAAUUCCGAAAGACUGUAGGAUGAGAACAGGGGUGGGUUGUAGUUGGUUUUUUUAAAAUUUGUACAUAUUCGUGACAACUAUGUCCUCUUACUCGAGGCUAGGUUUAUAAUUUGGCUGAAAGAACAGAGUUUUUUGGGAGUUUGAAAACUUUGAAAUCGCUAGUCUCUGCGUGAGGUACACCCUGAGGCUUACAUUCCUUGGUGAACAUGUUUAAGUGAUGCCUAUAGAUGUGUGUAUAUAUUUCAUAGGUAUAGUAUGGCUUCUGUGGCACAGCACUCCAAAGCCCGCUGUUCUUUUCUGAGGCUUAUUUUGGUCAAAGCACUUCAGCAGCUGCAAACAUUAUUAGGAUGCUUGUUGUUCUAGUUGUUCACAAAUGAGGUUAAGCAGUCAUCAGAGCUUUCACAGAUUUAGGGUAUCCCUUGAGCUGCCUUGAUCUCCAUGUUUUGUCCACCAGGGGCUGCCUGUUGUUCUGCAUGUUGAAAGCAAAGGCAUAUAUUUCAGAGUCUUAAGCAUGGGUUAGUGGGUGGGAUUUUCUGCCAACUUAAUACUAGGCUAACUUUCUCCCUGUUUGUAUCAGCCAAUGCCUGCACCGGGAGCAUCCAUGCUGACUUCUGAAAAUCGUGCUCUGGGGAUUUAAUACACAGCUUUACUUCUGAAAAUGUUGACCUUGCUCUGUGAACAUUCAGCAAGGGGACAUCAUGUCCAAAAUUGUCCAAGAAGGACAGGUGCCUGUGAUGUCUCCUGCAGAUACAGCUGUACAGCAGUAGUGAGGGGUUUUUUGUGCAACUGUACAGAUUUCCACAAGAGUGGUCAUCAGCAGGGAAAAGAAGAGCAGCAGGGCUGAAAUAUCUUGGGCAUCUCAUAUACCUCCCAGAGGUUUCCCUUGGGAUCUUUGAACAACCUUUUGACAAGUUGCUGGUCUGAGUAAAAAGACGUAAGGAAACCCAGUGGGUUUUCCUAUUGUGCUCUAGUCAGGGCAACACUAGCAUGAUCUGCAUAAUACAGAGCAAAGCCUGAGGGUGUGAUUCUUACCUGGAGUCAUAAAACUCUUUCACACGCAGUUAGUUUGAAGCACUUGAGCAACUUCAGUGAAACUAUGCCUUUGCAGUUCACUGGACCACGGCCAGAGCAAUUGUGUCUUGCAGAACUGAGACACAAGUGAACUGCAGCUCAGAAUGGUACGAAGGGGGACAUCCCCAUCACCUUGCUUUGGGCAAGAUGUAGUCCUGUAAUUCUUUUUCAGGCAAUGAGCCUCUCCCUUGGGUUUCCUGCCUCCCAUGGUGAUGUAGUGGGAAGAUGUGAGUGAGCACCGUUGCUCUCAGAAUUGCAGUUAAGAAGCAUCAUUUACUUCCACCUGAGCUGUUGCAGUGUUGCUUUCUCUUAGGCUAAGAAAGAGGAUUGAAUUUUCAGUCAAUGUUGCAUGGUAGCCAUUUGGGAAGCAUAACUCUUGGCAGUGGUAGUACAGAAAAAGGUUUUGCACAUGCCUGUACAUACACCCUAUACAUCUCUUAUGUGCAGAACCAAACUUACAGAGCCUGCCAGCAGUCCUUGCAAGACCUUUUCUCUGGGUGGGCUCCUAUCCCUUUUGCAAAGUGUUGGAACCUUCUUUCUGAUAACCUUGAACUCAGUUUACUCUUGUCACUGAAUUGCUGGAGUGUUUUUCAUUCAACACACUAGAGACGCAGUCCCAGUCUCACUGCUUUGUGGUAACCUCUUGGUCUGCUGUGAAGCAGCAACUGAGGUAACCACUAAAUCUUUUCCAGCAGCCUGGAACUUGCUGCUCUGACUCUUGGGGAGGUCAUCAUCUCAGGUUUGAUGUUGUCCUACCACCAGGACACCCUCUUUUGUCCCUGGGAACAUGCAUGGCCAGAAAAGUAUACUCGGAGGUCAGAGUCAGAGCUGUGCAGACUUAAGUCAAGCCCUGGUUCAUGGGAGAUGUUUCCAUGUGCUGCUGAUGUCCAUAAGGACUCAAACGUAUACUUGCUUACACAGAGAUGUUUUCCUGAAGCAGAGUUGUCACUCUUUUCUACAGGUAUCACAGGAUGCCCUCCCUUAUUCUGCUUCAUAUAUCUGGUACUAGAAUGAUCAUUUCCUGGUAAAUGAAGGCACUUAAUCAGUCCUCUUCCCCUUGGAAGAAGGGCUUUUGGGGAUAUUGUUAUAUCAUUUAAAAUAAUAUUUUGGAAUUUAAGUUUACAUUGCUUUAUUUUUCACUUGAGGUGACUGUAUAUAAAUAUUUUCCUCUAUUUUAUCAUUGCUGAUAAAGUAAGCCUACAGUAUACAAACAAAUAAUUUGCCUUUGAUGUAUUGAAACUGUGAGAUAUAAAGUAGACUUCUCUCGUGUCCAUGUUCCUGACUAUAACUCUGUUCCUCUGUGUUUUUAUAAGUUGGAAUAAAUGUUGCUUACGGGCAACAAAGAGCCUGCAAGCUUCCCAAUAAUUUUUAUGUCAUUGAAAUCAAGCAACCCUAUUGAAGGAUCUCACAUAUGUAUAAUGAUAUAUGUAUAUGUACAAACUUUAGAAAGAAAUAAACCAAAUGUAUUUCAUGUUC